CUUAACGCUCCGCCAUAGUGUGGUCCUACUCUGCACAGUAAUCCGGGGUUGCACCGGGAAACACACUGGCGAACGAUUUGAAGGAAAACAUUGUUGGGUACUUCAGCGAGCUAAGUGCUCGUAUUUAGUAUUAUUCACCGUUUGUAGUUUAUUUUAGGCUUAUAGAAAGGUUUUUUGUAGGAGGUUUUGGGGGGUAACGUUAUUAAAUAGGUGUAGCUACAAGCUACACGGAAACGCCAUUUCGCUAGCUCACGCUAGCCGUUUUUGUUUUGGUGCGAGGAGGAAGGGAGGCCAUUUUAGGCCGCUCUUCGUCCCUGCUUUUCUUUCUUUGUACGGUAUAUAAUUUAGUCACUGGAAUUGUUAUCAGCACGGACCUGAACACAUUGGAUGUCUGGAGGGAUUAGGGACACUGCUUCGUUUGUCACCUUUCGUCUGGAUAUUUGCUUCCGAAAGCCGUUUUUAUCACCUGGGACUCUGCGUUUGUGAAGACAGACUUGUGUUUCGAAACCAUGCAGUGGAGUUGCUUCCUCUAAUCGGACACUGAGGGAAAGCGUCGCCCUUUAAACGAUUUAACGCCACACCGGCGGGACUUGCUGGCAGAAAAGGCUUUGAAAAAGCAUCCUCGAUUAUUUAAGCGAUUUGGACACUUUUCUUUGAAGCAAGUUGAAGAUUCAAUGUUGCUGUGUUGUUCAAUACUGUGACGGACUGAAAUAAUGGAGUUGGUUUGAGAUUGUCGUUUUGCCGUUGGUAAAGGUUACAGUUUCCAAUACUUGUGUUAAUUUGGAUAGUCUGAAUUUACCCACAUUAAGCCAUAAGGUCACGUUAUAGACCGUUAUGUUGAUAUCGAUAGCUUCGCUACGCUUAAGUAGCUAGCUAGCCAGUGGCUAACUAAGUUACAGUUCAAUCUAGUUAGCUAGCAAAAAAAGAAACUUUACUAACAUUCAUAGUUUUGCUUGUACAUUGCUGUUCUUGUCAGGCCAAAAUUAGUGUACUCUGCUUCAAAAAUGUCUUGUGUGCAUUAUAAGUUUUCAUCCAAACUCAACUAUGAUACGGUCACAUUUGAUGGCCUACAUAUCACGUUGAGUGACCUCAAGCGCCAGAUCAUGGGCCGCGAAAAACUCAAGGCUGCUGACUGCGAUUUGCAGAUAACCAACGCCCAGACGAAAGAAGAAUACACUGAUGAUGGUGCCCUCAUUCCUAAAAACUCAUCUGUUAUCAUUAGAAGAAUACCUAUUGGAGGGGUCAAAUCUACAAGCAAAACAUUUGUCAUUGAUCGCACUGAGCCUCCAAGUGGACCUUCAAAAGCAGUAUGUAAAAAAAACCUCACACUUUUCUUCUUAAGUUUGGUGUUUGCCUCUAACCAGCGUUUACACUAUUUUUCCAGUUUUAGUUCAUAUAACAAUAUAUUCUGCAAAGGUUUUGGUAGUAGAAUAUUGUAACAGUGUAAAAAUGUGAAUCAUUUCCUCAAUGCAUUUAAUUUCAUAUGCACAAUUAUUGCAACUGUAUAAGUUUUUGUGCAUGCCAGUGCACUGUAUUUCAUAUUGAGAACCUCCUAUAUAAAGAAUAUAAAUCUGUUGUACAGAUCAAUGUAUGUUCAUUCAGAACAUGUUUGCUGCCCAGUGAACAUGGCGGCCUAUUCGAAGCUUGUCUGUCUACAAGUGGUACAUCUGUAAACACUGUUGUUGUUUUUUUAAUUUUUUUUGUUCUCUAAUAAAAUGUUUUGAGUCAUACCUUUUUAAUUUGACAUUGUAUUACACGGAUGAUUUUUGACUGUCAAUGUUUUAAGGAGUUUGCACUAAGGCACAUUUGUGUCUUUACAACCUUGGGGAAACCCAACUUGUUACAACGUGUGAGUGUGUGUGUUUAUACUGUAUGUGCAAGCUAGAUCAGCAUUUGCUGAGGCUCAAACAACCAAUGAUGUCUUUUGAACUCAUGUCUGACUCAUGGUGACUGGACUUGAUCGAAACGUGCAUGUAAACAAAAUGCACUGCUAGAAAAAUGGUCUAAUGGUUAAAGGUCUAAUUCACACCAGCCCAGUUACCGAGGUUCUUUCUGCUUGCAAAUUAACAGCUGGAUGAACAGCUCUGGUAUAAACCAGAAUCUGUGCUGAUUAAUUAACUUUUUUUCAAAUGCCAUUUCCAAAUCCGAUUCCCAAUUAAAUUAAUUUAUUGUUGUAAAUUAUUAUUGGUCAACAUAAAUUCCUUCAAAUCUGAAUCUUCAAUCAGUCGCACAUGGUGGGGGAAGCUCUAUAUUCAUGGAAUAAUUUUUCCCCAUAUGGUGUUUGUCUAAUCAAGUCAAAAGGGAUCACAUAAUUUUUUUUCUGUGUGGGGCACUUGUAGUUGGUCUUGACAGCAGGACAACACUGUCAUUUGUGCCCAUUGAUUAAGGCAUUCUUUGCCACCACCCUCUUUAUGUGGUUUGUUGAGCCAGGUGUGAAUGGACCUUUAUGCUAAUUUUUGUCAAGGUUGAGAAACCGCAGUGCUCCAUUGUUUGAGCCUUAGCGCUUUCAAAUGACAAAAGUCAAUGUCAAAAGUUGCCUCAAGUAUUGCAUCUUCUAUUUCACUGUUGGCGCUUAUGCAGUAAAUUGCAGUGUGUGGGACAUGUUCUUCCACUGAACAGGUUUUGUUGUCUGGGCAUUAUAAUUUUCUGUUGGAAGUAAUUUAACACUCAAUACAAAGUGCCUUAUAUGAAAUCAUACAUGAAGUUCAGAGUUCAGAUGGAUGUUUUCUACUGAGUAUAUUGUUGGGUUGGUUUCUGAGUAUUUGACAAGUGUACUGUUAAAACCAGUUGACCAGUUCCGUCAGUACUCUGUACAAUGCAGAACACAACCAUUUUUUUGUCAAUAAAAUGUGUGUCUACAACUCCUGAG